AUGUUGCAAUGGAGAUUCCGUUUGAAUCAACAGGCCUUGGCAAAGACUAUGGGUUUGGGUUACGACCCGUCAGUGCAAGAUAACUUGGGGCGAGCUGCCGCCAAUCUCUUUGACCAAUUUGUGGAUGCAGCCCGUGCAAGAGGAGGUGUGCCAGGAUUGUGCAGCAACAGCUUGCGGCAUUUGACUUGA